CAACUUGGCUCUACAAAUGGCGUUAAACAUGUGAUCAGGUUUCCUGAAUAGGACAUACAGUGUCACAUCAGGUCAGCCAAUCAAACGCAGUCUUGUCUCUGAAGAGUGGAGAAAGCAUCUACGUUCUUUUCACUCAACACAGAAAUUUGAACACGAUGGCAUCUCUAAAGUUUGUCUUCUAUCUCACAUGUUUGCUCUUGGGGAAAAUGGGUGAGUUGUCUCAUGUGGCCGGGCUGUUUUCUUCCUCAUCUGUUCGUCAACAGAGAGGUUUUGUAUCAGCCAAUGUUGGAAACAGUGUAACUUUGCAAUGUUUCUGUGAAGGUAGUGAGCCAGCAUGGCUUUACUGGUACAAACAAACACCGGGACAGAAACCACAGCUGCUCUCUUCCACAUAUAUGUAUGAUAUGAGAGUCACUUUUCAUCAUGAAUUCAAGAACAAUUCACGCUUCACAGUGGAUAAGGAAAACAGUAACCAUCACUUGACAAUUUUGGAUUUGCGCAUUUCAGACUCAGCUAUUUACUACUGCGCAGCUAGUGCGUCAUACGUCUUGUAUUUUUCGGAGGGCACUCUAGUCAGUGUACAGGGUUCAGGUCUGAACGUUCCAGCUUUGGUCCAGCAGUCAGCAUCUGAGACCGUCCAGCCAGGAGGCUCUGUGACUCUGAACUGUACAGUACAAACUGGGACCUGUGAUGGACAACACAGUGUUUACUGGUACAGAAACUCUGAAGAAUCUCAUCCAGGACUCAUCUACACUCAUGGAGGCAGGAAUGAUCAGUGUGAGAAGAAACCCAACAACAAAACACACACCUGUGUCUACAACCUGCCAAUAAAGAGCCUGGAUCCGUCUCAUGCUGGGACCUACUACUGUGCUGUUGCCUCAUGUGGACACAUACUGUUUGGAAACGGGACCAAGCUGGACUUUAAAGAUGAGGAAGCCUCUCUUGUCUUGGUGUAUUUCUUGAGUGGAGCUUUGGCAUUCACCACCAUCCUGGUUGUUAUACUGGCUCUCUCAGUGUACAAGGUGAACAAGAGAAACAGCUGCCAAUGUGCAGAGUCUCGCGGAAGAUUAUCAGCUCCCUCCACAGAAAAUGCAGAGGGUUACAGAGACGCAGACAGCCUCCAUUAUGCAGCUUUAAGUGUCAACCUGCCCAGCAGAUCACGGAGACCGAGGAACAACACCAAUGAUGAAUGUGUGUACUCCAGUGUAAAGCAAUAGAUCUGGACAGGUUUCAUUUCUACUUUUAUAAUAAAACUGGAUUUAGUCGUAUUUCAAGGUAGA